UCUUUCUUUGGUUUUAGGCUCACUUAAAAAAAAAACAAAUUCCCUCCAAGGAUGAAACAUGACUGACGACUCUCAGAGGAACUUCCGUUCAGUCUACUACGAGAAAGUCGGCUUUCGUGGAGUUGAAGAGAAGAAAUCACUGGAAAUCCUCCUGAAAGAUGACCGGUUGGACAUCGAGAAGCUUUGCACAUUCAGCCAGAGGUUCCCUCUCCCAUCCAUGUACCGUGCGUUGGUGUGGAAGGUGCUGCUAGGCAUCUUGCCUCCACACCAUGACUCUCAUGCCCAGGUGAUGGCCUAUCGCAAAGACCAGUACAGUGACGUCCUCCAUGCCCUCACAGUAGUCCGCUUCGUCAGUGACGCCACACCGCAGGGCGAGGUGUAUCUCCGCAUGUAUCAGCUUGAGUCGGGGAGGUUGCCUCGAAGUCCUUCUUUCCCUCUGGAACCAGAGGAUGAAGUCUUUCUCGCCAUUGCUAAAGCCAUGGCAGAGAUGGUGGAAGACAGCGUGGACUGUUACUGGAUCACCCGAUGCUUCGUGAAGCAGUUCAAUAACAAGUACCGGGACGCUUUACCUCAGCUGCCCAAGGCUUUCGAACAGUACUUGAAUCUGGAAGACAGUAGGCUGCUGAGUCAUCUGAAGACGUGUUCUGCGGUGUCCAAACUUCCUUAUGACCUCUGGUUCAAAAGGUGCUUCGCGGGAUGCCUGCCCGAGUCCAGUUUACAGAGGGUCUGGGAUAAAGUCGUAAGUGGAUCCUGUAAGAUCCUGGUUUUUGUAGCCGUAGAAAUAUUAUUAACCUUUAAAAUAAAGGUCAUGGCGUUGAACAGUGCAGAGAAGAUAACAAAGUUCCUGGAAAACAUUCCUCAGGACAGCUCAGAUGCCAUCGUGAGCAAGGCCAUCGACUUGUGGCACAAACACUGUGGGACCCCAGUCCACUCAGCCUGACAGCUCGUGACUUCAUGGACAGCCUGCAGGCCCUCCCUGAGCACUUUGUUCAUGUCACUUGGCCUACUGACUGGUUAGAAAUAAGUCUUGCUGUGGUGCUCCAAAUGCAACACCCCUCCCCCAGUCAGUAAAGUAAUUUAAUCAAGAUGCCUGGCCUGGCCACGUUGUGAAGCCGCGUCCCUUAGUGACACCGAUGGCAACUCUGGGCUAGUAUGGGCAAGGGUGACUAGGAAAUCCCUCCGGGUCUGGGCAGCUCUGUCAGGGCACCCGGGCACUCCUGCGGAUGGUAAGAGCGAAGCCCUGCCCCUCUGAUGACCACCAAGACACACAGUUACUUAGGAAGGCCUGGUUCUGGAAGAAGAGCAGCUUUCUUUUCCCGGCCUCUCCAAUUUGGCUUUAGCCUUCUGCUGCCCUAGGACGUGUGUAAGUGUGAGCUGACUGCUGUCUCAUGCCCUGCCUGGCUAAACUGGCUUAAAGACAGUCCCUGCAUUUCCUUACGUGUUCCCUCCUUUGUGCCAGCUGGAAUGGAGUCUUGUCUUUUCCUUCCUGAGACAAAGCUUCAUUCUGUACCUCACCUUUCCGGAGCUCUUUAUGUAGCUGGCCUUGAACUCCUAGCUGUCCUCCUGCCUCCGCCUCCUGAGUGCUGGGAUUUUAUUAAAUAAAAUACCUCUAAAUGUACCUUCUAGGAGAAGGAGAGAGCA